AUGCUGGUCGGCCCGACUGGCGGCGGCAAGACGACUAUUUAUCGGACACUCAUGCAAGUGUUGCAGAACCUCAAUGCAGCAGGCCUGAGCGAGGAGCAGCCAGAAUACCAGCCGGUCAAAGCGUAUGUCCUCAACCCAAAGGCGAUCACAAUGGGCGAGCUCUACGGCGAAGUGAACAAGCUGACGCUGGAGUGGCACGAUGGUCUAAUGGCCUACAUUAUCCGGCAGACGUGCACGGUGAGAAUUCGCCAUGCAUCGGAGCACACAAGCAUUCAUAUGUAA